AGAAAACAAAUAUAGUAUUGAAUUUAUUUGUUUUUCACUAUAUGACAGUAUUAAAUAACUCAAAAGGAACAUUUAAUCAUUUUGUGUCUAACUGAAUUGCACAUUACUGUUUCUAAUGGUAGGUAUACCAAAACAGAAGCAUUAUAUAUAGAAAAUCUGCUGAUUUCGAAAUACAUUUUGCUUCAUAUUUUGUUUGCAAGAUGAUACGUUGAAUUUUUAUAAAUAGAAAAAUAAUAAAUGCAGCUUAUUCUAUUAUUAUAGAAUAUACUUUGACUUUUUCUAUUCGAUUUUCCAAUCUAAAAAAAGAAAAAAUAGAAUUUUUCCACAUACUUUUCUAGUAUUAAACACGUACCUAAGUGAAUUUUCUAUUCGGCAUUCGAAGAAAAUAGUUCACAUUUGGGAAAUAGAUGAAUUGACAGAACAAUUUGGAUUCAGUACGAAAAACUAGUUUAUUACUUCUGACGAGUGAACUCCUUCUAUUGAUAAAUUUCUUUUGAGUCGAGACUAUGUGUGUGUUAUGUAUAAAUCCAAAUGAGUUAUGAAUACCCUGAAAAGAGUUAAUAUCCUUAGCUUAUUAUUGUUGAGAUACUGCAGUUUUAUGAUAUUUUUUAAAUGAAUGUCGUAGUAAUAGAAAAGUUGAUUUUUGAAUUUCGUCUUGAAAUUUUGCAUAGAUACAGGCUUUAAUCGAGAAUAGUUUGUUUUUUGUGAAAUGUUUCAGAUCUUGUUGCCGUUCCUAUUGUAAGAUACAACUAUGGUAAUACCAUGUCUUUUAUUUCGCUUAUAUAAAUCAAUAGAUUUCAGGAUAAGAGCAAAUCAGAAGACAUGAAACUUUCAAAAUGAACUAUUCUCAUAAAGAUUUGUCUUGGUGUAAAGUUUCAAGUCGAAAUUCACAAAUCAGUUUUUCUGUCACUACACUGCAUUCAUUUAAAAACUAACGUAAAAGUGCAAUCUCUUCGCAGCAAUAAGAAAAUAAGGACAUGAAUUCUUUUCAAGAUAUUCAUAGCUCAUUUCAGUCUACUUAAUACACAUAGUCUCGAUUCAAAAAUAAUUUAUUUGUUGAAGAAAUUUCCUUUUGAGGCUUUUUCAGCUCACCACUAACUAUAAUGCUGGUAAAUAACACAUUCAACAAAGAACUUUAAAACAGAUUGUAUCUAUGCAUUUGAUCAAUCUGAAUAGUUACAACAUACAGAAAAAUAAGAAAAUAAUCAUAAGAAUAUGUUUAUUGGUGCCAAACUGUUUUCUCCAUAUUCAAUCGAACUCGAACUUCAGAUCUAUGUUGUACAAUAUCUCAAUAUUAUAUUACGAUUCAAUUGGAAUAGAAUCGAAAAAUAUUUUCUAAAUGUUAAAUUUAGUGAUCGUAUUGAGCAUGUAUCAUUGGAUAGUACAAAUCGAGAAAUCAUUUCAACAGUCGUUCAUCCAUUUGCAAUGACUGUUCAUAGACAUUAUAUUUAUUGGAUGGAUUGGACUCUUUGUGAUAUUUAUCGUGCUAAAAAAUAUAGUGGUGCUAAUAUGAUUGAAAUGCAAAAUGAUCUUUCAUAUCGUCCAAUAAAUAUUCAUAUUGUAUCUGAUCAAUGUCAAAAAAGUUUCUAUUCACUAUGUAAUAUAAGUGAUGGUGAUUGUAGUCAUAUAUGUAUAUGUAAAACAUCAGUUGAUAAUCAAGUUGAAUGUGCUUAUUCAAGUGGACAACAAUUAAAAUUAGCUAAUGAUUAA